CAUUCGUCAGCAUCCUGCCAUCCAGCCAAUCAGCAGGGCUACUGAGUGCUGAUAAAUAUUCAUAAGGCACGCGCGCUCCCUCCCCAUAGUAGCAUCGGUAUCUCUGCUGUGAGCGAGUGCGGCUGGUGCUGAAGCUGAGCUAACAAAUACACUGAAUAUAAUGUGUUUUCAGCGCGUGAAGUGAAGCUGUAGAUCAUCAUUAUCUGAUCUUAUCUUCAUCUCCAGCAGACUCUCAGGACUGAACCUUAGGAUGCGUCUGAACUCGAGUCGCUGUCGACUGAAGGACAGAGGCAGUAGUGCUCUGGGUCGCCCUGAGUUUCUGUCCCUGAACGUCCCGCCACAAAACAGCAGAGGAUCCAGAAGAGCGGGACAAAAUAAAUGCCCGCAGAGCUCACAGACGCCCCCGAGCGAGAGCUCGCCGGACGCAGCGGAACGCAGGGAAGCAGGCCGACUGCCGGAUGAGGACUGCAUGCUGCUCAACCCGUCCUUCAGAGGCAUCGCCGUCAGCUCACUGCUGGCCAUCGACAUCUGCCUGUCCAAGCGUCUGGGCGUCUGCCGGCACGGCUCCUCCUCCUGGGGCAGCAGCCGCUCCGUGGUCUCCCUGCUGGCGCUGACAGGACACGGCCUGACCUGGGUCUGCGGGACGCUGCUGUGCCUCUGUCAGAGCAGCACACCGGCAGGACAGGAGGUCCUAAUCAACCUGCUGAUGGGUCUGGUUCUGGAUGUGCUGACGGUGGCGGGGGUCCAGAAGCUAGUGCGGCGCAGAGGCCCAUGGGACAUCAGCCCUGGGCUCCUGGACUGUGUGGCUCUGGACAGAUACUCAUUCCCCGCGGGUCACGCAAGCAGGGCGGCGCUGGUGUCCCGGUUCCUGCUGUCCCACCUGGUGCUGGCGGUGCCGCUGCGGGUCCUGCUGGUGCUGUGGGCCGCACUGGUGGGUCUGUCCCGGGUUCUGCUGGGUCAGCAUCACCUCACAGACGUGGCAGCGGGGUUUGCAUUGGGAUUCCUUCACUUCAGUCUGAUGGAGACGGUGUGGCUCUCCUCCAGCGCCUGUCAGACACUCAUCUCAAUCGGCACCUUCAGCUGGGCCUCCGUCCGCUAGAGCGUCAACAACACUGUGGUUACAGCAGCGUUUCCUAACACUGGUCCUAAACUAAACUGCGAUCAAAACUGAACUCAUGGAAUGUCCACUUUGCAGGGCACUUGUUGUCGAAUUAGAACAAAGGUAUGAUGAGGGAUUGCAGAAUGCUGGAUUACAGGAAGAUCAUGUGCAGUCAAGCAUCAGAUGCAAAUGGCUGUCCCGUUUCAGUUCUGAAGGACAUUAUCCUGAAAGAUCAGUUAAACACACCUUAGACAGCUAUUUCAGCUCUCACUAGUUAUGCAGCACACUCCAGUUCAUUCAGAAGGGCUCAUCCUCAGUGUGUGAAUUAUACAACAGCUGUUUCCAUCAACAUAUUUGGAUGCUCAUUUUGGAAUUUUGCAUAAAAAUGCUCAAUGGAAACACCAAGAUGUGCAGACACUUCGAAAAUGAUGCAGAUAUAAGCUACGAUGUAAAGAGCUGUAGUGGGUAAAGUCUGCUCAGGUGUUUGGAUGUAAACACAGCUAUAGGGACUAUCGGAGGGUCUGCUUUGUUCAGUGGCUUGUGUUAUACUUAUGCAUGCCUCAUUGGACCAAAUAUAUAUGUAUAUUUAAUUGAGUUACAUCUUAUUUAUUAAUCAAGCGUAUCUUUGAAUGUUGCUGAACUGUUGUAAAACUAACAUUAUUAUUGUCAUUAUUCAGUCACAAGAUGGCGCCAGAUUGUCAAGAACAGGGAAGCGAAUGUCGUUAUCAUAUUCAUUUACUUUCACAUCAUUUUCUUUUCAGCUUAGUCAAUUUAUUAUUCAGGGGUCGCCACAGCGGAAUGAACCAACAACUUAUCAGGCAUAUGUUUUACGCAGCAGAUGCCCUUCCAGCUGCAAACCAGUACUGGGAAACAUCCAUACACGACGUCAAGCGUUGCCGAACUGUGGAUCUAUCGGCGCCGCUUCAGUGGUGUUGCUCGCUGCAGAAGUUAGGAAUUUCUCAACUUUUCAAGCACCAACGGAAGCUUUAGCCAAUCAGAUCGCUGUAUGCAAAUACACCAGCUCAGACAGUUGUCGAUUGCCUACUAAUUUCAUUGGUUGACGCUGCUAUGAUGAGCACAUCAGCCUCAACUUCAGACACGCCCUCAGUCAAGUGUUUACGCUGAAGCCUUGUGUGAAUGCACAAAUAUAAAUGGGCAAAGAGGCGGGGCGUGGGCGGAGCUAGAGAUGCCAGGUUGUUUUUUCCAUAGACCUUUUUUUUUCUGGUGAAACUCAUGUGUAAAUAAAACAAUUGAGUUCUCACUUACAGUUUUUCGAAUACUAUGAAUUCC